UGAGAGCUCCGGUACCCGCGGUGAGAGCCCGGUAGCCGCGGUGAGAGCCCCGGUACCCGCGGUGAGAGCCCCGGUAGCCGCGGUGAGAGCCCCGGUAGCCGCGGUGAGCGCCUGCCAGGGCCCGGCGGGCUCAGAGCUCGCUGAGAUGGCUGAGAGCAGCCCCAGGAGCCUGCAGGACCCCCCCAGCUCUGCCCCUGAUGAGAACGAGUUCCCCUUUGGGUACCCCACCAGCAUCUGUGAGGACGUGCCUGGGCAGAAGUUCCUGUGCAGCAACUGCCACAACAUCCUGAAGAAAGCCCUGCAGACGCUGUGUGGGCACAGGUACUGCUCUGCCUGCCUCACCUGGAUUGUCAGAAACAAUAAAAAUGCAAUUUGCCAGAAAUGUAAAGAGGAAGAUCCUAACACUAUAGGUGAGGAAAGCCUAUUGGCAGAAGACAGGGCUUUUGGUGAUGCUGCCAUUAAUAAAGAGAUUUCUGAGCUCAGAGUCCGCUGUGUGACCCCUGGGUGCAGCUGGUCUGGUGUCAUGAAGGAUUUUGAGGAGCAUCAGAGUUUAUGUGAAUAUGCUCUGAUCCCCUGUCACACUGGCUGUGGGCACGUGGUGAUGAGGAGGAAGCUGGCAGAUCACUUGGAAAAUGGAUGUGUCAAUAAUGUGACAGUGUGUCAGCAGUGCCACUGCAGCCUGGCCAGCUCUGAGUGCCAGGAGCAUUCAUGUGAAGGCAGUUUAUGCAAGGAACAAAAACCUGUGCAAACAGAAACAGCAUCAAAGGAAAAGAGCCACUCUACAUCCUCAGCCAGCAAGGAUGGCUGCUGUUUUUCUGAAGUUGGCUGUGCAUUUAGGGGAAGCAAAGAGAAGAUCCAGGAGCACGAAAAAUCCGCGGUGGGAGCGCACAUGCUGCUCCUGCUGCAGCACAUGAGGCACCUGCAGGGAUCCCUGCGCCCCAAGGGCUUCUCCCCACGGCCAGAGCUGAGCCUGAGGAGUGCAGGGAAAAGCAUCUGUGAGCUGCAGAUGCCAGCAGAGCCAGAGCUGGACUGUUUCCCUGCUUCUUCUGUCCCCGGGGAUGAGUCUGUCCUGCAGCAGCUCACGAGGGAGAAGGUGAUUUCUGAGCUGGAAAAUAAGCUGCAGGUGUUUGAGAACAUUGUGGCAGUGCUCAAUAAGGAGGUGGAGAGCUCCCAUCUGGAAAUCCUGGCCUUCAGGAGGCAGAGUGAGCUGGACCAGAACAUAAUACGGGGCCUUGAGCUGAAGAUUGCAGAGCUGCACCAGUGCCUGAUGCAGAAGGAUGCAGGGCUGAGCAGCCUGCACAAGAGCCUGCUGUUCUCUGAGCAAGCCUCCUACGAUGGCAUCUUCCUCUGGAAAAUCACCGAGGUGGGCAGGAAGCUGCAGGACUCUGUGACUGGCAGGACAGUCAGUUUGUACUCCCCAGCUUUCUACACUGCAAAGUAUGGCUACAAGGUGUGUCUGAGGGUGUACCUGAACGGGGAUGGGACAGGGAAGGGAACCCACAUGUCCCUGUUCUUCGUUGUCAUGAAGGGAGAUUACGACGCUUUGCUCCCGUGGCCCUUCAGGCACAAGGUGACGUUCAUGUUGCUUGACCAAAACAACAGGGAGCACAUCAUCGAUGCCUUUCGCCCAGACCUGACUUCUGCCUCCUUCCAGAGGCCCGUGAAUGAGAUGAACGUGGCCAGUGGCUGCCCCCUGUUCCUGCCCCUGGCCAAGCUGCAGUCCCCCAAGCACGCCUACGUCAGGGAGGACACGCUUUUCCUCAAGUGCAUCAUAGAGACAAAUUAGCAGCUCCUCAAGUGUGGCCGGCCUUUAAAAUAAUCAGUUGUGAUAAAGCAUCGCAUUUCAAAAACACCCACCCCGUAAACAAAUAUUUAUCAAAGUUUGUUUGGGGAGGAACUGGAUAUUCUGUGUGUUUUCCUCUGUUCCACCUUUCAAAUGUUCUUCCAGGGAGAGAGUACUGGAGUAAUUUACCUAAACAGAUCAUGCUUCUCCUCUCUGUAUCACUUUGACAAGUGCUGUAUUUAUUACAAUCAUUCAUAUUUUCUUAAGAUUUUAUUUAUUUCCUAAAUAAAACUCAGUAACUUAAGAAAGGCUUGGUGGUUUUUUCACUGUCAGAUAGGGAAUUGAGCAGCUUGGAGAGGUUACAGAAACAGCUGAGCUGUGCUACACUUUCCUUCCUUGCUGUUUCCUUUCCUUCUUUCUGGGGAAAGGAAGAUCCUGUUGGAAAUGCCCAGAACAUCUCUGUGUAUUGUGUAUUUCCCUGAAAGCUGCCUGGCUGGGAGAGCACUUCCAGGCUCUUCAACAGAGCCCAUGGAGAGAGCUCAGUUAGAAAAAGGGUGGAUAUGGAUCAAAUCCACGCUAAAUAAACAGACACGAAACCCGAUGCCCAGGGCUCCUCCUUUCAAAGGCACAGCUGGCAGAGAGCAGCCAGAUCUCAGCCAGAUCCCAGCCAGAUCCCAGCCUGAUCCCAGCCUGAUCCCAGCCAGAUCCCAGCCAGAUCUCAGCCAGAUCUCAGCCAGAU